AUGUCUUCCCACCCUUUUCCUCACGCUAUUACACUUUCCCAAUCCUCUUCUCAAGAAUUUGAUGGAUCUCAACAACCUCGACCAGACUCUCCACCUCCACCUCCGUCACUUCCUAACACAAACUACGCAAUGGUAAACCCCAUACAACAUUACUAUUCCUCUCUUAUAUCUUCUCCUCAACUGGGGUCUUCGCCUCAAUCAGUUGUGUACGCCCCGCUCCCAUCACAACUAGAAGUACAAUCGCAGGAAACGCAGACCCAACUACAAGAAUCCCUCGCUCCACCCACAACAUCUCCCUUCUCACGCCAAAAACAACAAGCACUUCGAAAUACCACCUUACGCACUCAACCCGACUCUCAACCAGAAUCCCAUCAUCUCCUCUCAACAUCCACGUCGCCCGCUUUCCAAACCGAACAUCAACAGAUACUGAAUACACCAUACGCUCCGGAAUUGAAUUACAAAUCCAUCGCAUCCUCAACUCAAUACGCAGUUUCAACCCAAUUCCUGGAUAAACGAAUUGUCAUGGGAACAACACACUCAAGAACUUGCGGUGCAGAGGGCGCAUCGCAUGUGCGCUUGGUUUACGGGGGUUUUGCUUGGGGUGUUGGGGGUGGUGAGGGUCGUGCGGUGGGUGGUUUACGGAUGAUGGUGUAG